UUUGUACUGCUCUAGUCACGGACAGGAUCUCAGGAGCAACUUGGGGAAACCUCUCCGUGUCCGCCCCUUCUUGGAAAGCAGCACGAGGCUCUAACUCCUCUUGAAUGACAGCCCUGUUAUCAGCAGCUUGGAGACAGAGAAGCCAGGACCUGAUCCCAAGGAGACCGAGCACCUGCUUCUACAGCCGGGGCAAACGAAGGUGCUGAAAGCCAGACAUGGAGUCAGAGAUGAGUGAUCCUCAGCCUUUGCAGGAGGAAAGAUAUGAUAUGUCAGGUGCCCGCCUGGCCCUGACGCUGUGUGUCACCAAAGCCCGGGAGGGUUCCGAGGUUGACAUGGAUGCCCUGGAACGCAUGUUCCAUUACCUGAAAUUUGAAAGCACCAUGAAGAGGGAUCCCACCGCCCAGCAAUUUCUGGAAGAGUUGGAUGAAUUUCAGCAGACCAUAGAUAAUUGGGAAGAGCCUGUCAGCUGUGCCUUUGUGGUACUCAUGGCACAUGGUGAGGAAGGCCUCCUCAAGGGAGAAGAUGAGAAGAUGGUCAGACUAGAAGACCUUUUUGAAGUCUUGAACAACAAGAACUGCAAGGCCCUGAGAGGCAAGCCAAAGGUGUACAUCAUCCAGGCUUGCAGAGGAGAGCACAGAGACCCCGGUGAGGAACUAGGUGGAGAUGAGGAACUAGGUGGAGAUGAGGUUGCUGUGCUCAAGAACAACCCCCAAAGUAUCCCAACCUAUACGGAUACCCUCCACAUCUACUCCACGGUUGAGGGGUACCUCUCCUAUAGACAUGACAAGAAAGGCUCUGGCUUCAUUCAGACCCUGACGGAUGUGUUCAUGCAUAAAAAAGGAUCCAUCCUAGAACUGACAGAAGAGGUCACCCGACUUAUGGCAAACACGGAGGUGAUGCAGGAAGGAAAACCAAGGAAAGUGAACCCUGAAGUCCAAAGCACCCUCCGGAAGAAGCUCUAUCUUCAAUAAAAGAAAGGGCAGGAAUGGCCUUCCUGCGGGUGCUUUCUCUGUUGACACCGGUCUUCAAAGAUGGUUACUGAAUUCUUUGUUCAUCACAGCCCUUUGUCCGUGUCAGUUUCAGGGCAAGCCAGCCAACUAGAGCACAUUAACACCACCUUCCUUUGGCUGGACACCCUAACUCUGUUAAUGCAGCCUUACAUUGCCUUCCUAUAGCUAACUGUUUGCUCUUUUGCCUCACCACGCCUUACUCUUCCUCCUAUGACUCAACCGAAAAUAGUCAUUUCCAAUUCAGAGGUAGUAGCUUUCUGAACCAUUUCUAGAAACUUCUAAUAACCUCCAGCUAAGAUCGACACUGUGGGAUCUUUUCAUCCUUGACUUACAAUUCAUCAUUGUGAAGAAGUCAAGGCAGGAAGUACAACCAUGAGUGACAUCACAGAAUAAAUAUUCUUAAUUCAAAAUCAAAGAACUGGAGCAUGAAACAGUCACACCAAAAAAACCAAAGGACUUGAGCAGCCCUUCCCCUCCAGCUACUAGCCUUAUCCCAAAGGGCGUGUCCCAAUGAAGAAGAUGCCAUGCCUCCAGCUACUAGCCUUAUCCCAAAGGGCGUGUCCCAAGGAAGAAGAUGCCAUGUUAGUGGUACUGACAUCUUUGGUGAUCUCAUCAGCAUCUUCAGACCAGGCAUGACCAACACACACACAUUCUUAGUCAAAAUAUCUACGAAUAUUUUAAUUGUUCCUGAUAGACUCUUUAUUCCUCUCUAAAACCCCAUGAGCUAGGCCUCAACUACCACAAAACAGCCUAUGAGCUCUGUUUCCAGGAUUCAAUAACUUUUUCAGCCCACUAUACUCAAAGCUUUUGAAUUCCCCUCACAAAACAUGUCCAAAUCAUAAAAGUCACAUGGUCAGAUCUAUCACAGCAGUGACCCCACUUCCUUGGUAUCAAUUUCUAUGAAAGAGGUAUCUCUGAAAACCUAAAGGAGACACAAAGAGCACUAUUAUUUAAAGACCAAAGGUAAACCCUACAUCUGUGUUUUUCAUAUUCGUAUGACUCCAUCCAAUCAGCCCUCAGAUAAAUUCAUCUCCUUUUCUGUGAAUUCAUUCUCCCAGAAAUGCUAGCAUCCUCUCCCCAUGCCUCUGUGCCUGUGCCCAAUCGACCAGUUCUCUAAGCUUAGGUGUCCCACAUGGCUGCCCCCUUCUCUCUCUUCCCUUUUUCCACUGCCUUCCCCUCACCACUGACUCCACUUCUAAUAUUCUUUUUUGCUUGUGUGGCUGCCUCUUGCACAAUGAAAUGCUAUAAUUACUUUCGAUUGGUGUAAUGAGAAUUCAGUAAACAUCUGUCAAACUUUGCAA